AUGGGGCCCACUCUACUUACUGUGGGCCUGCCCACAGUCAGCCCACACUUUUGGGCUGGCCCACUGGGGCCCCACCUGGGUCCCAAAGUGUGGGACCCACACGUGCCCCGCAUUUCACGCCGGUAUCUGGGCCCACAGUGGGCUGCCCGCAAGGGCCCCAUUCGGGCCCCAAAGAAGCAUGUUUGCUGGGUUAUGACAGCUGAGGAAGUUCACUGUGAGCACCAAAACCCUCAAAUCAACCCUCAAUUUUACACUGUGGAGAGGAUCCUGACUGGCUGCAUCACUGCAAAGCUCUACGAACUGCACAGAACACUGUUGAAGGUGAGCUUCCCUCCCUCCAGGACAAGGGAGUGUGUGAGGAAACUUCCCUUCCUACAGGUGUGUGUGAGGAAAGCACGGAGAAUCCAGACACCCGAGCCAUGGACUGCUCACACCGUUACCAUCAGGCAGAGGUUAUCAGUAGCUACACGCAGUCGACAGGGUGAACAAAGAGAUCCUGAGGUGGAACUGGAUCAUCAGCAAUGCUUGGCUCUCUUCAGCCGUGUUAAAUUCACUCGCCUGCUGCUUAGCGCGCUCAUCUCCUUCACUAAAAAAGAGACGAGUGCUGUCAGCGAAGCACAGAAGCUGAUGACUCAGGCUGCUGACUUACUGCCCGCGAUACACUCCUCUAUACAGUAUGGAAUCCAGUCACAGAAUGACACAACCAAAGGAGAUCACCCAAUCAUGAUGGGUUUUGAGCCGCUGGUUAACCAGCGCCUGCUCCCGCCCACUUUCCCACGCUACGCCAAGAUCAUUAAGAGAGAAGAGAUGGUCAACUACUUCAGCAAACUCAUUGAGCGCAUUAAAAAUGUCUGUGAGGUCAUCAACAUAACCAACCUGCACAGCAUCUUGGAUUUCUUCUGUGAGUUCAGUGAGCAGUCUCCGUGUGUGAUGUCUAGAUCUCUGCUACAGACCACAUUUCUGAUUGACAAUAAGAAGGUGUUUGGGACUCAUCUGAUGCAGGAUAUGAUUAAAGAUGCAUUGCGCUAUUUUGUCAGCCCACCUGUCCUCUCCACAAAAUGCAGUUUGAACAAUAACCACCAGGCUAAAGAUUACAUUGACUCCUUUGUCACACACUGCACACGGCCAUUCUGCAGCCUUAUCCAGAUUCACGGACACAACAGAGCACGCCAGAGAGACAAGCUGGGUCACAUACUGGAGGAGUUUGCCACCCUUCAGGACGAGGCUGAGAAGGUGGACGCUGCUCUUCACGGUCUUCUGAUGAAGCUGGAGCCUCAAAGGCAGCAUUUAGCCUGUCUGGGCACCUGGAUCCUCUAUCAUAACCUGCGCAUCAUGAUCCAGUACCUGCUCAGCGGCUUCGAGCUGGAGCUCUACAGCAUGCAUGAGUAUUAUUACAUCUACUGGUACCUGUCGGAGUUCCUGUAUGCAUGGCUCAUGUCCACGUUGAGUCGAGCGGACAGCUCUCAGAUGGCAGAGGAGAGAAUCCUGGAGGAGCAGCUGAAAGUACGAAGCAGCAAAAAGAGCAAGAAGAAGAAGAAAGCUCGUCCUCUGAGUAAAGAGAUCACCAUGAGCCAAGCUUACCAGAACAUGUGUGCUGGCAUGUACAAGACCAUGAUAGCGUUGGAUAUGGACAGAAAGGUGCGCAAGCCUCAGUUUGAACUGGACAGCGAGCAGGUUCGCUACGAGCAUCGAUUCGCCCCUUUCAACAGUGUCGUCACACCGCCACCAGUGCACUACAUCCAGUUUAAGGAAAUGUCAGAUUUGAAGAAGUACAAUCCUCCUCCUCGCUCAGCGGAUCUCUAUAUGGCAGCCAGUAAACAUUUCCAGCAGGCCAAACUUAUACUUGAAAACGUCACCAGCCCUGAUGCAGAGGUUAACCGCAUCCUUAAAGUGGCCAAACCCAAUAUUGUUGUAAUGAAACUGCUGGCUGGAGGACACAAGAAGGAAACUAAGGUCCUUCCUGAAUUUGACUUUUCGGCACACAAAUACUUCCCCGUAGUCAAGAUCAUUUGAGAUCAGCCGUGUUUCCAGGAACUCUUCUUGUUUACAUGAACUGUCAUCACAGUCGCAGAAUAAGUUAAUAUUCAUAACUGUAAUUGUACAGUUAAUAAACAUGGACUCACAGUGGUUUAGUUUGAACAGUUCACAAAUCAUGUUUUUUUUUGUUUGGUUGAUAAUAUUGUAUUAAAUUGAGAAGAAAAAAAAGUU